AUGCGAUAUCACGUGAAGAAUCAUCCAACCCAGGGCUGGAUGUACGAGGAAAUCGAUUUGGACGACGUGCAAUCCACCGCCAGACUCCUCGCCCGCAUCGUGGUUGCAAAGAUUAAAGACGAAAAGCGGCUCAUUGAAAUCUUCCGCACGACGCCCGUCGUUCAAAACGAUCCCAAUUGGCGUUGCCGUACCUGGGUCGCCGAUGUCCUAUCACGGAUAGCCGAGGACGGGAAGAUCGAAGCACUGGCCCGCGAUUAUGUGGCGAAGAAAACAGAAGCCGGGAGGUAUGCGAACGCCGCAGAUCUGUUGCUGCCGAAGCCGACAUGGAAUAUGUUUGAGGAAAAGGAAAUUGUGCCCUAG